CCACUAUGACGCUUGCUGUUUGCGACAAACGAGUAACAGCACAGAUAACAAUUAUUAUCCAUAUCAAUAUUAUCAACUAGCAACUACCCAGUCUUUAACUAACAUUGAAUUUGAACGAUUGAAAAUAAGUUUUAUGAUGUUUUAUUAGAAAAUUAAAAUACAAAUUGUAUGAAAUUAAAAUUAAUGGUGAAGGCAUUCUACUAUCAACCAUAACUAAUAUAUUUUAAGAAUGGAGAUUCCUGAAAAACAUCUUGAGAUUGCCACUAUAGAAUAUGUUCAACCAAAAACUAAAAAGUUUUUAUUUACAUCAGAAGUAUUAGGUGUCACCUUAUAUAACCAAAUAUUGUGUUUUGAUAAUUGUUUUUUUAUUGUUAUUAGUCAAGAUAAUACGUUUUCAUGCUUAUCUGUUGCUAUGACACAAAGAAAUAGCACGGAUACAAUAUCUAGUGCUAUUUUUAGCACAGACCCUGAUAGUAGAUCUGAAUCAAUAGCUAACACACUAUCAAAAAGUUUGAAAAUGUCAAUCCCAAUAUAUGUGAGCUUUAAUGCAAACAUUGAAACUAUUGGAUUAAAAGAUGUUAUUUUAAGUUUAAUUAAUUUCUUUGAAUCUCAUUCAGAAAUAUUUGUUAAAUAAGUAUUGGAUUACAAUAAAAAUAAUUAUUAUAUUGCA